UCGUUAAAACUUUUCUCGCUCUUACUUAUAUGCCCCACCAUUGAUGGAUUGUCGUACGGCAUAUUUACACGACGACAGCUCGUGUAAAUAUGCCGUACGCUUUCGAAGUCGGUUAGUAUUAUGUCGGCAUCCAAAAUAAGAUAACACGAGAUUGAAUUGUUGUUUUAUAAAUGUCGUGAUUGAUUCAUGGAUAAAAAAAAUUUAGAAAAAAGAAAAAUGAAUAUCUUAGAAAUAAUAUAUUCCUUCUUCUUAUUUGCUUUUACUUUCGAUUAUUGGAAAAUCUUCUAUUUAAUAGAAAAAUGUACAUUAAGAACGAUGAUGUUAAUAUUGGGUUGUAUAAUGUAUCCGAUUAUUAAGAUGAGACUUAAAAAACAUCAAUGUUGUCCACCUUUGUUAAACAGAAUAUUCUUUUGGACGGCUACUGAUAUUGCAAGAAAAAUUCGUAUGAAAGAGAUCACCAGUGAGGAAGUUGUAUCAACGUUUAUUACUCGUUGUAAAGAAGUUAAUCCUAUAUUGAAUGCUAUUGUCGAGGACAAUUAUAAAAAUGCGUUAGAAGAAGCUCGUGCUGUCGAUUAUUUUUUAAAUACAACUACGCAAUCUAUAGAGCGUAUCGCGGAAGAAAUGCCAUUAUUUGGGGUUCCCAUAACAAUUAAAGCUAGCAUCGCCAUGAAAGAUUUUAGUAUCGCAGUAGGAGUGACAAGCGAAAAAUAUAUAAAGGCUAAAAAAGAUGCACACGUUGUAAAAAAAGUUCGUGAAGCCGGUGGUAUUAUUUUGUUAACGAGUAAUACACCUGAAUUAUGUAUGUCUUGGGAAACUUUUAACAAUAUCAUUGGUAGAACGUCAAAUCCUUAUGAUACAAGAAGAACAACUGGUGGUUCAACGGGUGGCGAGGCUGCGCUUAUAAGUAGCGGUGCUUCUUUGAUGGGUUUAGCAUCCGAUGUUGCGGGAUCGAUAAGAUUGCCUGCUAUGUUUUGUGGUAUUUUUGGUCACAAACCAACAUCCUAUUGGAUUUCUUGCAAGGGCCACAGACCAUUAAGUACGAAUAAAAAAUGGAAUGAUACUUUCACAAUUGGUGUGAUGACGAGAUACGCUGUUGACCUUCCUUUAAUUUUAAGAAGUAUUACAACAUCUAAGGAAUGUCUGAAAUGUCUUGAUCGUCAGGUGGACAUUAGAGAAAUCAAGAUUUUUUAUCUCGAUGACAAAUAUUGUAAAAUAUUAGGCUCGUCCAUUGAUAUCGAUAUCAAACUUGCCAUUAAUAACUUGACCAAUCAUUUAAAAUCGACUUACCAAUGUCAAGUUCAAAAAGUGGAAUUAAAAAAUUUGAAAUAUGCGAUGGAAAUAGGGGGUCUUACUCCUCUUGAAUUAAAUAAUACAGAAACCAUUUUUAAUUUAAACGAUGGAACGAAGCCAUGGAAAAGCGUAUUCCUUGUUUUGGUGCAGCGCUUAUUUAAUCUUAAUUCUCACACAUGGGAAUCUGUAUUCUAUGGAAUUCUUGUGAGAUUUUUAGAAAUAUUACCGGCAUCGUUUUAUAAAGAUAUUUUGAAAAAGCGUAGUUUACUUAAGAAAGAACUUGAACAACUUUUACAUAAAAAUGCUGUUUUGAUUUGUCCAACUUUCAAUGCAUGUGCACAUUAUCAUUCGGAAAUAUAUUACAAGUUUUUAAAUAUAGCUUAUAUGAAUAUUUUUAAUUCGUUGAGUCUUCCUGUCACACAAUGUCCUAUGGGUUUGAAUAGAAAUGGUUUACCCAUAGGUUUACAGAUAAUCGCAAAUGAUUCUUGCGAUCAUUUAACAAUCGCAUUGGCUAAGGAAAUAGAAAAACAAUUCGGUGGUUGGCAAGUACCACCUAGUAAUAUUAAUACAGUUACUUAACAUAGAUUUUUAUUUUAUAUUAAUCAAUUAA